AUGGAUAAAACGUCGCACCCACAGGAAGGAGUGGGUUUUGGGUUGCUGCUGCGAUUGUACUGCGUGACGGCGCUUCUGAAGGCUCUUUUGGUGCGCGCACCUUACUCGACGGACUUGCUUGUGCACCUGCACUGGAAGAGUCUCACGAGGCGGUUCCCAGUGUCCGCCUGGUACACGCCUGCGACCGGGCCACCCUAUCUGGACUAUCCCACAUGUUUCGCCUACCUCGAAUGGUUCCUCGGUGCGCUGGCGCAGUUGCUCCGUAUUCCACUCGAUCACGAGAACGGUAGUGUGCGUUUAUCGACGUUGAUCUUCAUGCGAAUAACAGUUAUCGCACUAGACGUGUUUCUGUUUCUCGGCAUGCGACCAUGGUGUGCAGGCCCGGAGACAGCCGCCGCAGCCUCUUUCCCGUCUGUAGUACUCGAUCGAUUGCUUUGGGUUGUUACGCACCCUGCGCUCUGGCUCGUAGACAAUAUCCAUUUCCAAUACAAUGGGCUGGUAAUUGGCGUCAUUCUAUACAGCCUGGGCGUCCUGUUUCGCGAGAGCGUUUACGCGGAAAUGGAAAAGCGUCGAUCCCAAAGAGGCAUGUGGCGAGCUAGUGCGGCUUUUCUGGUGGCGUUGGGCUUGAAACAUACGACUGCGCUCAGCAUUGCGCCAGUAGUCGGACUUGUGCUGUGGAAACAACGCGCCUGGAAGAAUAUCUAUGUUGUUGUUUCCGGUUUCGUUUGGUUGCUUCUGAUGCUCGGCUUGCCUUUUGGGUGCGUGGGUUGGCGCGCGCUCUGGGAACGCCUCUUCCCGCUGGAUGAGCGGGGCCUUUUUCACGCGUAUUGGGCGCCGAACGCGUAUGCCCUGCUCGCAGCCGCUGACAAAGUUGUCGCCCGUUUCUGCGCUCUCGUUUUCAGCAGACUUGUGGAACGAGGGCUUGCGAAAUCUCCGCACGGCUCUGAUCUGCUACCGAUGCUACACCGAUCCGGCCGCGUUUCGAACAGCGCCGGACUCGUCCAGACUGCAGGGGGCGGUUUCUACCUCUUGCCAGAAUGGACUCCGAUGCUUGCCACGCUAUGCUGCGUCGUCGCAAUGACACCGAGUCUGCUUGCUCUGCACUGGGCAUUCCAGGAAAGUGCAAGGCAUGGCGAAACACAACCUGCCAGCUCGGAUGCAACCGCCGUAGACCGGUUAGAUCAGCGCCGUUGCAUGGAGUUUUUGGCGAAGAUAUGCGCACAGGUGUCCCUGAGCUUGUUCUUGUUCGGAUGGCAUGUCCACGAAAAGGCGCUCAUCCUGCCGGUGUUCCUCGCGGGCCUCGGAUUAGGGCCGCGUCAUCCGGUAGCUGCGGCCCUGAGCACAGCCUGCUCGCUGGCGAUGUUCCCGCUGGUGUCCUCGCCAGGCGUACGGCUGGUUCGGCUCGCGCUGCUCUUCUGGCACUGGCUAUACUUUGCGCCGCUGCAGCCUUGGCCACCGACGCGCGCGUGGCUGUUGGUGUAUUCGUACGGUGGAAUUGGGCUGAUGAUCGGCGAGCUGUUGGCCUCGUGGCACGGCUGGCAGCGUCUGGGUCUACCGUUUCUGCCGCUGAUGCUACAGUCCGUGUACAGUGCGCUCGCUGUUGUCUUCGCAUGGGGUUAUCUCAGCUGGCAGGUGUGGCGAAGCACGCGAGCCGAUUACAUGGGAUGCAGCCCAAAUGCCGAAGCCAAGCACUUGCUCAUCGCACCGUCAGUGCAGGCCGGUGCGCGACCUCUGCUUGUCCGUAGCUCCUCCAAGCACUGA